AGUCAGACAGGCACAGUAGAGGUUAGUUUAUUGCGAUGGCGACUAAGUAGAAGGUGAUUCUUUGUGAAUGCAAUUCAUCUUGUAUACAAAAUUCAUCUAAUUUAGAGUUAUACAGUGAAAAAAUUAGUGAAAAUCAUAUUAUUUUCCAUCACAGGAAGUGUCAAACAAUAACAAUUUAAUUGUUUUGUCAAGGUUCAUUAUCAUCAUGAUUCUAUAUUGAAUUGUGCUCUGUGUCGUUCCAAGUUCUCGGUGUUGAAAAAGAAUUGGAAAAAGAAGAGGGAGAGAAAGAGAGAACGAGAUCGCCGCGUGCGCGUCUUUAACACUGAGCAUAGUGCAGUAUAGUAUAUCAGGAAGUUGAAAAAAAAAUCAUAUCAUUGGAAGAAUUAAAACAAGUUGAGAAAAAUAUAUAUACAUAAUGUCGGAUACAGAGAGACAGGAGAAUUUGGAAACCGAGUACCUGGAGAUCAACUCCAAGGGGGCUUGGGGAAUUAUCUAUCAGCACAUGCGUAACGAGUGCACAAAUUUUGAAUACACGUGUAAUGAAUCAAAAAAACCACAAAACAGAAAUUUGAAUCGAUAUAGAGAUGUUGCACCAUAUGAUCACACAAGAAUUGAACUUAAACGAGGAUCAUGCGAUUAUAUUAACGCAAAUCUUAUCGAGGUCGAAAGAGCAAAUAGGCUUUAUAUUCUUACACAAGGACCACUUCCAAACACGGCCGGUCAUUUUUGGCUAAUGGUGUGGGAACAAGAGAGUAAAGGAAUAAUAAUGUUAAAUAAAGUCAUUGAAAAGAAUCAUGUGAAAUGUCAUCAAUAUUGGCCAAUGGGUGGAACUUCUGAUGAAGAAAUGACAUUUACAGAUGUUAAUUUAAAAGUAGAAUUCGUCAGUAAAACUAAUUUAAUGAAUUACACAACAACCAAGUUAAAAUUAACCGACUUGGAAUCAAAUAAAAGUAGAGAUAUUUUACAUCUACACUAUACAACGUGGCCUGAUUUUGGUGUACCUCAGAGUCCAACGGCAUUUCUUCGAUUUUUAGUUGACGUUAGACAACAUGGUGUUUUAGAUCAAAAUGUAGGACCACCGAUUGUUCAUUGUUCAGCGGGAAUAGGAAGAUCGGGAACAUUUUGUCUUGUGGACAGUUGUCUUAUUCUUAUCGAAGAAAAUGGAUUAAAUUCUGUGAAUGUACGAGAAAUUUUAAUGGAUAUGAGAAGGAGUCGAAUGGGCCUAAUUCAAACGCCUGAUCAACUUCGAUUUUCCUAUGCAGCCAUUAUUGAAGGAUCGAAACAAUUGCCUUCUAAUAACGUGAACGUCGAUAACGAAAUAGUGACUAACCAUUAUGAUGUGGUAAACAAUAUUAGUAAUUCGUCAAUAGAGGAGGAUGAUGAUGAUGAACCACCUCCUCUACCACCACCUCGAGGAGAGUCACUAGGUCGUGGUGUGAAUGCCGACGUCACGCCUACAGGAACUACUGAAAAUGGAGAUGUAAAUGGUCCUCCAAAUAAACCGUUACCAUGUGAACCACCUUCACAUUCAGAUUUAAUUUCCAAUUUAUCGCAAACAAAUUCCACCCACUUGUCUAACAAUGUACACGAAAAUAACGAAGAUAAAUCUGGCGAAAGUGGAGGUGAAAAUUCCUAUCAAACCAGCCCUCCAUCUAGUCCAGAUUCGAAAGGCAAUUUACGUCAACGUAAUAUUGAGAAGAAAGAAAGACUUGCGGCGCAGGUACGAGAGAUGAAACGCCGACAGAAGGAGACGGAAGAUUGGCAGAAACUCAAGAGGUCAUUAUUUUCGCCCCUUUCACUAAGCAUAGGAGCCGCGUUUGUUGGUGGGAGUGUUUUGGCAAUUUAUGCGUAUUUUUACAUGCGCGGCUAAAAAAACUCGAAAAAAAUUUUUUUUUUUAUAUAUUUUUGGCGUGGCAGUGACGCUUACAUUUAUUAGUGAGACAGUCUUUUAACUAUAUAUACAUAUAUAUAUAUUUACAGUCGUAAAAUGUCGUUCCCAAAAACUUUUACACGAGAAAAAUUUCUAUACUUCUUAAAAGAGAGAAGUUGAUAGGAUAGAAUUAAUGAAUCUAUAUAUACAACGAGAGAUUCUGGUUCGAUAUUAUUAAAAAGUGAAUUGGUCUAUAUAAUUCCAUAGUUUGGAAAUUAGAGACUCACAAAAAGAAGAAAAAAAAAGAGUACUGAAUGCAUUUGUAUUUUUAUAUAUAUUGCAAACUCGAAAUUUUUCGAAAAAAAUCUAUUUGAGGCGUUUUUGUUUAAUUUUUUUUUAACGGGGGGUUUUUUUUUCUCUUUGUUGGAGAUUUUUUUUUAGAGUUAAAAAAUGAAACCCGCGUUAUCGAUUUUCUGUGGAUUGUAUCAUUCUCUCUACAGAAUUUCAUAUAUUUUCUUACCUUCUACAUCCGUUUAUGUUGAAAACAGAAUAUGAAAAAAAUUUAAAGUUAGUGUUAAUGCUGGAUAUUUUGAUUUGCCUCUUCUAUAAUUUCAAUUGGAAGACGCACGAAUUAAUGAAUUUAUUUUCUAUCCUAUAAAUUUUAUUUAAAAAAAAAAAAACUCGUUCGAGUUUAAUUUUAUAAAUUUACUUACUGAACAAUUUAAUCAUUUAGAAUAAAUUUUUUUUUUCUUUGAUAAUCACUGAUCUCAAAGAAAUGUAGGUUUUUUUUAGAUAUUCUACUGAGAAAAAUAUUUUAUUUCGUUAAAAAAUGUUUUCUUGGUAAAAUAUUUUUUUCACUUAUGAAUAUGUCACUCUUCACUCUUUCAAGGCUAUUUUAAUGAUAUAUAUAUAUUUUUUGUAGUGAUGUGUAAUUCCGCCACACUAAAAAACAAAUCUUUAUAUCGCUAUUGAUCGAAAUAAGUUUUGUUUAAUUAUGGCGGAAUUAAAGAUUGUCGAUUACGAGAUUUCCUGCUCGUUUAAAUCGAGCGUUCGGAAAGACUGAGUAUGAUUAAUAAUAAUUUUUCAAAACAAAAAAAAAAGGGAAAAUGAAAUCAAGUAAAAUUAAUUAAUUGGAGAAUACGUAAAUUUCCGCGUAACAAACCACAGAUAAUAGAUAGGCUUAGUAAAAAUAGUAUUUGUGCGUGACAAUUUAAUUUUUAAUUUCUCUAUAUGUUUCAUUCUCUUCGUUACAAUUUUUUAAAAAAAGCAAUCAAUUUGUGUAAAACGACACGAUAAAUUUUUAUUUUUCAUAAAUAAAAAGUAAUUAAUGAAAAAUCUCUCUUAUAGAAUUUUUAAUCCUUUUCUAUAUAAUUAAUUUCCAUUAAUUAUAAUUUUUAUUAAUGAUUACUUUUUAUUUUUAAUUAUAAAUUCCUAUCUAUCGUCUGUGGUGAUAGGAAAAAUGUCAGAUUUCAAGAUGAAAUUGUGUAAAUCUGCUGCAACAAUUUUAUUUUUUAUCCUCUGACUCUAGUGGGAUUUUAAAGUUCAUCAAUUAUAAUAAUGAUGAGAAAGAAAGAAAGAAAAAAAAUUGAGAGAGCAAGACUGCUGGAAGUCAGAACUUAUAAAAAAUACGGUGCUAAUGAAAAAAAAAGUUCCACACAGUUUGCACGUGAAAGUUAAACACAAAAAAAAAUUGUAUAAAUGAAAGAAUGAACGUGCGAAUGAUUACAGUCUUAAAAUAAAAGAAGAAAAUCAAGUAUAUGAUAAAAUCUCAAAAAAACGAGAGAUAAAUAUUAAUAUUUGCAAGGUGUAAAAACUAUUUGCAAAAUCUAUACUUUCUAACAAGUGUCAGUUAAAAGAGAAUUUUCACAGUGAUUGAAACAGAAACAUAGCCAAGUGCCUACUCGUUUAUACACGAAAUAAUGAAAAAAAAAAAAGAAAAGAACAAAACAGAAUUAUAGUCGGAAAGAUUUAAAAACAAUCGUGAUAUUCUAAACGCGAGUGCACCCUUCAAAUAUUCCAAAACACCCCACCACACACAAACACUCUCUCUUCUUAGGCAUGAGCAAGAAAGUUAUAGAAAAAUCCUAAACACAUUAUUAUCAUAUAUAAUAAUCGACAAUAUCGAGUUAAUUUUUAUAUUUAAUAGAUUUCAGAAAAAUUUUGAUUGUCAAGCAAUUUUUUAACGUUGAUUUUAUAAUUGUAAAUUUUUUACAAGUGCCAAUACUAACAAAUGUACCUUAAAUAAUUUCCCUUUGGGAAUUAGAAAUAUAAAUUUGGACUUGCAAUUAAAAAUUCUAAAAAAAACAAUUCAUUCUUUUUUUAAAAUAUGUAAUUAUUUAGUAAUGCUUACUAUUUUUUUUUUUUUAUUUAAUUUAGUCUUUUUUAAUUUUUUUUACUUUAUUCUAAUUUUAUAUCUUUUUAUGAUUUUUUUUUCUCUGCUUGACAGUCAAAAAUAGUAGUAUACAAUAAUAUAGGAAAAAGCAAAUUAUUAAUCUAGUGAACGGAACAGAGUAGAGACAAGAGAAAAAAAAGUAUUUUAGUGGUACGAUUAUAAAAAAUAGUAUAUAAUCGAAAUUCUAUAAAAUUAAUUCUUGCAAAUUAAUUUUUAUUGUUUUGUGUAUCAUUAAUAUUUUGCCAUAGAGGGUAAAAUACACUAUAAAUAUAUAUAUAUUGAAAAAUAUUUUCACUGUAAUAACGUGAAAAGAAAAAAAAAAAAACCAGUAAAGCAAAGAUAAAAAAAGAAGUGAUAGUGAGAUUUUUUUCUGAAAAAACCACAUAUUAAAAAAUUAAAAGAAAAGAAAAAGAAAGCGAAUUGUUUUAAAUUGCAAAAGAAUCCGUCGAUAUCGACCAAUCACUGCACAGAUUAAAAAUAUUUGAUAUAUUUCUGAAUUUAAAAAAAAAAAUUCCAAAUUGUAAACUACUUUUUUACUGGAAAAUAUUUAUAUAUUUCUAUAUUAUUUAAAUAUUUUUCUCCAUGUAUCUAGAUGAAUUUGACAUAUAUUAUUAUAUAUGUAUAUAUUUCAUGAAAUUUUUUUUUUCCAAUCGAAAUUACAAAUUUUAUAACAAUUAAAAAGCAAAAUAAUAACAAAUAAUUAUUAACAUU